GUAUUAUGAUAAUAUACGAUGUAGUCGAUCUACCGGACGAGCGUCUUCAGUCGACCGGUGAACGUUCGAAAGAGAGCUAGAUAGGUAGCUGUAUCGUCGUGCACCCACACUUGUAAUAACCACACUUCGCUCGCGUAUAUACCACCUUCCUGCAAUGCGUUUGGCGUCUGGACACAUCACACGGCACAAGUCUUGAAGAAUUCCUUGGUUUGGCAUCGCGAAUAUUUCCAGCGGCGGUAGUGUUUCGUGUAUUUACUACAAAAAAAUCAUAUUUUUUAAUUCGAUUUUUUUAUCUUCCGAGACAAAACGAACUUUUUCCCCGAGGGGAUUUUUCAGUAUUAUUUUUUUUUUAUUGAUGCGAUUGCGAACAAAAUGACAAAAAUGUUUUGCAAGACUGUUCGGACAACAGUUUUAUAUGUGUUUACGGUCGUGCAGCUGUUACCACUGAUUUCGACCGCGGUCGGUAGUGGUACCAGUCAGACCACGGCACCAUCGGGCGCCGAAUUCCUCCACAGCGUCAUUGGUAACAUGCAACGGCCAACCCGCAAAGUGUUUAACGAACGAAUCGACGUCGAAGAAUACAUACCCAACGAUGUCCCGUACACCCCACCGGCCAACGAGAUAAAUUUGCUGUCGAAACAACCGUUCCAUUUCAACAAUCAGGCGAACAACGCCCAAGCCGAUGUCACCAAAAACCAAAUCGGGUCGUUAAUUUCGCAAAUAGCCCCUCAGUUUUUGAAAAACGAAUUUGCCGAGUCACAAAACAGGAUAGUCACCCAAGUAGCUCCACAACAGUUUAACCCGGGAUCCACAAGUCCGCAACAGUUUAACCCGGCACCAAACGGUCCGCAACAGUUUAACCCAGCACCCAACGGUCCGCAACAGUUUAACUCAGCACCCAACGGUCCGCAACAGUUUAACUCAGCACCCAACAGUCCACAAAAUAUAAUUGAUGCUAUUACGAGCGACACGGCGCAGAGACCGCCGGAUGGCAUGAUUUCCGGAUAUAAUUACUUCUUUUAUCCGUUGGACAACAAUGCGCUGCAGCAGGUACAGAACGGAAACGGAAAUCAGAUGGCUCAGACGACGGCGAUGUCGGAACCGGAAAAGCCUGAUAACCAGGCCGCGACCAAGCCCCGCGUGCAGCCGCUGUUCGUGGCCAUGGCCGGAUUCGUGGGCGUCGCGGUGGUGUUCCUUAGCGCCCUCAUGUUCGUACCGAUAUUGCCGAUACACGCGCUCACUUCCAAGGCGGCGCUGAAACGUGCUCCUGAGGAGCUGGCCUCGCUUACCAAGCUCGUCGCUGAGUCCAUCGACGGCAAAGACUGCAGCGAGAGGAUAGCGUGCGAGGUCGGCAGGGCCAUGCGAUCCAUGCGGGUGGGCAACAAACCCAUCAGAAUGAUGGAAAUAAUACUACCCCCAGCAGUGGCCAAACAGCUAGCUCAGAUAAGAAGGUCUGCGACAAAGAAAGAACAGUGUCAUUUCAUCAUGUGCAAAAAAACUGAGGGCACAUUGCAUUUGGUGGCGAAACUAAAGAAAACUCAUCACAAUAAAACUAUUCACGAUGUUAAAGAAAUUUUUAACAUUUAACACGCAUAGUUUUUGGAGAUUAAUUUAUUCUAGAUGUUAAGUAAAUUAUUCUAUGUUUUAUAGAUUACUUAAAGAUAAGUAAGUGUUUCAGUUAUGCCAGGGCUGGGCAAGUUACUUAUUUCCCACUAGAUUAUUUUAAAAUUAACUCAUUUAAGUUUUUUAAAAAAAAUAUUCAAGUAGUUAGUUAUUCAACUAGUUAUCAGUAAAAAUAUUCAAGUAUAGUUAGUAAAUAGUAAUUCAACUAGUUAUUUUCUUCUUCUAUAAAAAAUAUGAUAAAAUGGUUUUAUAAGUGAAUUUAUUUCAUGAUUUAAACUAAAAACUCUUACAAAAUUACGCCUACUUUGAAUGAUCGGAUUUUUUAUUUUAGGUUAUUGUGAGAAUCGAUUUUUAACAUUUUAAUUAAAAUUAUGUAAAUUAAUAAAUAACUACUUUGAUUUUUCAAAUGCUGAGUAUUUAAUUCGAAUUAUUUAAGAAAAUAAAACAGUUAUUUAAAAAUUAACUUUCACAAUAACCUAGAAAAAAUUAC